GUGAGUGGCUGUCUUUAUUCCACACUAUCUAUCUCAGCUUCUCCUAAAGGUAACACAAUAAUACCCACUCCCCACAAAAGAAAAGAAAAAAAGAAAAAAAUUUAUUUUCUUUCUUCUUUUUUCUUUUUCUUUUUUAUACAAUUACAAACACUUCUUUCUGUUUUUUAGUUUUAUCACUUUCCUUCUCUUCUUCCAUUCUCAAAUGGCAACUCUGCAAUCUCUUGCAUUUGCUUCGCCUGUCUCACAUUAUUCGCAUCAAACACGUUCUUUCCCAGGCUCCUUUUGCUGGGCUGUCCAUCGCAUUGCACGAUCCCCAUUCAGUGGAAAAUCUUUACGCCUGUCUCAUCCACAGUUGACCUCGACUAGGCAGAAAUCCUCAAGAUUUAUUACAAUGAUGGCCAAGCCAUCAAUCCAGUUUAUCCAAGGAACUGAUGAACAGACAAUACCAGAUGUAAGGCUAACUAAGUCAAGGGAUGGCACAAAUGGUAUGGCGAUUUUCACCUUUGAUGAGCCCUCUGUUUUUGACUCUUCUGCUGAACUUGGUGAUAUAACUGGCUUUUACAUGAUUGAUGAGGAAGGGGUUCUCCAAUCAGUUGAUGUUAGUGCUAAAUUUGUAAAUGGAAAGCCAGCUCGAAUUGAGGCGAAAUAUGUCAUGCGUUCACCUCGAGAGUGGGAUAGAUUCAUGAGAUUCAUGGAGCGAUAUGCUAAUGCCAAUGGCCUACAAUUCGUCAAGAGUUAAGGCAAUGUAUAUACUUCUAAUCUGCUUUGCAUCUGUCAACUCAUUGGUCUUCUGUAAAUUAGUCAAGCAAAACUUGAGUUUCUUGGUUGAUUGUGUGUAGGUCUGUUGCAACUCGCAACUACCACCAUAUUCCUCCUAUCUCUUUAACAAAUUUUGCAGUUCAUAGUGAUGUACAAUUUCCGUUCCUCCAUUUUUUGUCAUUUAAAAGCAAGAUGGCACCUGUCCUGUUGUCUCUUCUUGCAAGUAAUCACAUAUUUUUAUGUUAAUUGGUCAACAUUGACUAGUUUGUCAGAUACUGAGCUUCAUAUUUAGCAGCUCGACUGUUGGACA